GUGAGUACAUUUGAACACGUCUUUGUUGUUGGAAUGACCAUUUACUAUCUGUUUGUUUGCUUCCAUACUUCCUCUUCACCUCCCUCAAGCAACGAUGGUUCUUCAGAGUUGAACGUUGCUCGGCCAGUCUCGCCAGGUCCCACAGAACCCUCACAAAAUGACUCGCAAAGCAUCGACAUACGACGCAAACCAAGACCCGCUGCGUUCAAGCGUCUUGAAUGGAGCCUCAACAUCCUCGACACACCGACAUAACACCACGCUGCAGUUCACGUGAGCUCCUACGACCAAUCGUGCUCCAAGAUAUCGGAAAAACGGGUACCGCUAACAUGACAGAUCCUUGACGGAUGGAGGCUCCAAUGUAACAACCGGCUUUUUCAGCAGGUAUAAGUAUGUCGGUAGUUGCUGUUCUGUAGUCUUUCCCUUCCUCAGUGCUUGACCAGACGAUACAUACAAGGAAAGUCUGAGGAUGUCAGGAAAAGCUGUAGACAAGAAAGAAGCGAUUGAUAUCGCCCCGGCACAAUCGCAGAUCCAUCGGGAGGUUGCGGAGAUGGGUCAUGUGGAUCAGUCGCUUGUAGCGAGGGAACCGUAUGGGCCGGGUGGAUUCAAGGGUCUCUUCUCAAACCACUAUGUUGCAAUGUGCGCUGCCUUUGCAACCAUCGGUGGCCUAUUGUUUGGUUAUGAUCAGGGAGUCAUCUCAGUCACCCUCGUGAUGGACCAGUUCCUAGGGACCUUUCCUCGAGUUUCUACCCAAGCGUCUGGAGCUGGGUUCUGGAAGGGACUGAUGACCGCCAUGCUUGAGCUUGGAGCUUUGAUCGGCGCGCUCUUUGCGGGAUGGCUCGCGGAUAAGUUGUCUCGGAAAUACUCGAUUGUCGUGGCUGUCGUAGUCUUUACGGUUGGCAGUGUUUUGCAAACUGCGGCUGUCGAGUACGCGAUGCUGACCGUUGGACGGUUGAUCGGUGGUAUGGGCAUCGGAGCUCUAGCAACCAUUGCUCCACUCUACAUCUCGGAGAUCGCACCCCCAGAAAUUCGUGGCGCCCUCCUUGUCCUCCAGGAAUUCAGCAUCGUCCUCGGUAUAGUAAUAGCCUUCUGGACCACGUACGGUACGCGCUUCAUGGCCGGCCAAUGGUCGUGGCGUCUCCCCUUCCUCAUUCAGAUGAUUCCUGGCUUCAUCCUCGGCGCAGGCAUCGUCUUCCUGCCUUUCUCUCCCCGCUGGCUCUCAAGCAAAGGCCGCAAUGAUGAGGCUCUCAACGUUCUCGCCAAGCUGCGCAGCCUUCCUGCUACGGAUCCUAGAGUCCUCCAGGAAUGGUGCGAGAUCCGUGCCGAAGUUGUUUUUGCGCAGGAAGUCAAUCGCGAGAGACAUCCAGACCUGCAGGAGCCUACAAGGGCAAAUAGAUUCAAGCUCGAGGUUGCGUCGUGGAUGGAUUGUUUCCGACACGGUUGCUGGAAACGGACAGUAGUGGGUGUGGGCAUCAUGUUUUUCCAGCAGUUUGUUGGUAUCAACGCACUCAUCUACUACGCGCCGUCACUUUUCGAAACCCUCGGCCAAGACUACGAAAUGCGACUUCUGCUAUCUGGAAUCAUCAACUGUAUGCAACUUGUCGGCGUGGCGACGAGCCUCUGGACCAUGGACAGAUUCGGAAGACGUCCAUUGUUGCUUACUGGCGCCGGGCUGAUGUUUGUCUGCCACUUGAUCAUCGCUGUUCUGGUUGGCAAGUAUGGUGGAAGAUGGGAGGACUAUGCUACGGAAGGCUGGGUUGCUGUGGCCUUCUUGUUCUUCUACAUGUUCAGCUUCGGCGCAACAUGGGGCCCAGUACCUUGGGCUAUGCCUUCAGAGAUAUUCCCUAGCUCGUUGCGUGCAAAGGGUGUUGCGCUUUCGACCUGCUCGAACUGGUUCAACAACUUCAUCAUCGGUCUCAUCACCCCGCCCCUUGUGCAAAACACUGGCUUCGGUGCUUACACAUUCUUCGCCGUCUUCUGCGCUCUUGCCUUUCUCUUCACGUUCUUCUGCGUACCCGAGACUGCAGGGAAAAGCCUGGAACAAAUGGACGAGGUCUUCAAGGAUGUUAGUAGUGAGGCAGAAGAGCAGAGGAAGGCGAGAAUCAUGCGAGACAUAGUAGAGGGGAAGGGAGACGAGUGUAUCGACACCCCUUGAACAUUGAGUUGGAGGUGGAAAUGUAAAUUAUAACAGAGUCUCUAUACUGCAAUAGAAGACAAAAUGACUAAUGAUGCUAAUGAAGCCGAACUUUAUUC